CAGAAAUUCUGAUUCAAAUCAGAAGCCGUUCACCAUCUUCCAGAGCAAGAACUUUUCCCGCCAAAACGCCUAGGUUUUCUUCGGCUCGCUCUCUCUGCAUUUCCUCCUAGUUGCGCCGACCUCAUUUCUCCGAUCGGAAACGACGAAACAAAGAAAAGGAAGCUUAGUGUACGAAUCGGUGCACAAUUCGAGAAGCGGCGAAGUUAGUGAACCAGAAAAUCAUAAUCAGCCGGUCUAGAUUUUGAUCAUCUGAGAGCUUUGGUCACUAGCAACGAAUUCGAAGCUUUGGCACCGAGUUUUGAUUGUGAUUCAGAUUUGCCAUGUCAUUAGAGAUUGAAGGUUGAAAUGAGAUGCAAUGCGUGUUGGCGUGAACUGGAAGGCCGGGCCAUCUCAACAACCUGUGGCCACCUUCUCUGCACAGAGGAUGCUAACAAGAUCCUUAGCAAUGAUGGAGCAUGUCCCAUUUGUGAUCAAGUGCUCUCUAAGAGUCAUAUGAAAGUUGUGGAUGUCAAUCCAAAUGAUGAAUGGAUAAAUAUGGCCAUGACUGGAGUGUCUCCAGAUAUAUUAAUGAAGAGUGCACAUAGAAGUGUCAUGUUCUAUAUUGGGCAAAAGGAAUUGAUAAUGCAGCGCAAGUUGAGCAUGGUAGCAGGUCAAUACCGGCAGAAAUGUGAAGCAAUGCAAGAAAAGUUCAUGGAGCAAUUGCAAAAGAUGCAGUCUCAGUGCCAGAAAUAUGCCAAGAAGUGCGAAAUGUUGGAGCAAGAAAAUGAGAGCUUGUCCAAGGAUAAGCAGGAGCUCCAGGAAAAAUAUUCAGAGAAAUCCAGACAGAAGAGAAAGUUGGAUGAAAUGUAUGAUCAAUUGAGGAGUGAGUACGAAUCAGUUAAACGAAAUGCCAUCCAACCUGCAACAAAUUUCUAUUCCAGAAAUGAACCUGAUCUUUUCUCAAACCAGGCUAACAUUAUGGAUCGCAGAGAGGCUGUUAGAAAAGCUCAAGUACUUCCAAAACCAGUUGACUUAUUUCUUGCAGAUUGGCGGGUUCUUACUCCUGAAACUCCAGGGCCAAAAGAGGAUAUAUGGCCAGCAAGACAGAAUAGUUCAAACUCGGGUGGUCCUUUUGAUGUCUCUAUCUCACCGGCAAAACAAGCUGCCAUGCCAGUCGAUGCUGUGAACAGAAGGCCUGGUGCUAACCCAAUGUUUGGAUCUGGAGCUAGCAACCCCUCAACGACUUUAAGGAACAUUUUAUUCUCCCCAAUAAAGAGGCCUCAGCUCUCCCGUCGUCCUCAGAUGUUCACGUUCUAGGCUUGAAGUUGAGGGUUUGCGGUUCACAGAAAGUCAUGCUAGAUAGUAAAUACUAAUCCUACAAUCAUCAGUUCAUAAGAAUCAAAUGCUGCAACAGAAACAUGAAUCAGCUAUCCUGACAUCAUUUGCUGUAGACUUUCUCCAACUUCAGUCGUGUGUUUUGGGUGAAGCAGCCUUAACAACAUGGUUUUGGGCAUGGAAAUGGUGUCCCUGACGAUAAUUCAGCUCUAACUCUGCCCCCUUCUUUUCUCCACAGAAAACCCUUAUGUAAUCACCUUAAUUGGCAGAUAUAAGUAGUACUAUCAGUACAUAGAGGUUGCAUUCUAUCUUGUGACGAAUUAUAUGAAAUACAAGAGCCUACUGACAUACUGUUCGUGAAAGCAGACUUUGAUGUAGUAUGUCGAUAUAAACUGUGGAUGUCUUCAAAGAACAUUACUGUCAUUUGCUUCAAAUCUACUUUGUCAAUAUUAGUGCUUAUGGUGGAUUUUAAAUCAAACUUGAUGCUAGCAGUGAAAUCCUAGUGUAUCUGGUGGUCACUACAUAUGAAUUGUCUCCGUUUACAUCAUAUUGUACCCUAAAAUUCAAGGAAAUUUAGGCAUCUAGCACUUCUGUUACAACCAAAAUGAUCACCAACCUAUUUUAUACACUAUUCACAAAAGCGAAUUAAACUCUUGUUAUUGGAUCUUCGUAGAGGGGCAUUUGAACUUGGAAUCUCAUACAACAUAGUGGAUGACAGAUACGACUAGAAGUCUAGAACAAUAACUAGUUGCUGCAAGACCAAACUAAUUUGGACUCCCCUUCUUUUUAUUGCGACUUAUAGGUUGUCUUACAGAUCACGGGG